UAUUGUCCGCCAUAUUAUGCCGCGUGGAAAGAGAAGACGAAAGUCAUGGUCAAGAGAUGACUACAGAUGUCGUCACGCAGCAAGGAGGAGGCGAGAACAAGAAUCGGAGGAGGCUAGGGCUGCUCGACUCCUGGAUCAGAGACUCAGGACAAAGAAAAACAGAGAAAAGGAGACGGAGGAGGAGAGGCACGCACGCCGCCAGAAUGACAAGGAAAGACAGAGAAGGAAGAGAAAGAAAGAGACAGAGGAAGAGAGAGAUGCCCGCCUCCAGGAUCAGAGAGAAAGAACAAAGAGAAGAAGGUACGAAGAAACAGAGGAGGAAAGGGCUGCCCGUCUCCAGAAAGACAGAGAAAGGCACAGAAUGAGGAGACAAGCCCAGACGAAGACGAAACAGGAGGAUCCACUUGAGAAUACGUGGCAAAGGGAAAUUAGCGCGAGAGUUGCAGAACCCGACGCCUGCCUUCGACUACAAGGCCUCCACAGAGAGAGAGCAAAGCAAAAUGGACAACUCAUAUGGUGUAAUGUUUCUGCCGAGCUGCGAGGAGGCCCAACUAUGGAGGAAGAGAAGGGUGUCGUGGUAUGCAAAGAAAAAGAGGGAACUGAGAAUGGGGGAAGAGACCCUUUCAUUGUCCAAGUCAGGACCAUCAGGGGCUUUUUGACCAAGGGUGGCCCAUCCCACAUUAAGAUGGAGUCAGAGGACGAAAUACACCAGUGCUGGGAUUCUCAAAGGCAGGAACUCUUGAAAAGAACAGCUGGGUUUCCCGCAGCACCAUCUCUUUUGGAAGAAGAUACGAAAGGUUUCCUGGCCUCCUUGGGAAGAGUCAAGAAGGAUCUGCAGGAGGGCAGCUCUGGGAAGACCAGAGGGAAGGUUGUACCCCAAAGAGAUCCGAACAUCAAUAGAAAAGUUCGGACGGGUAGGAAAAAGCUGGAUUUCUGCAUGAAAGUUAAGGCUGAAGAGACUUUGGAGGAAGUUGAUCUGGAGAGCCAGAGGCUCCUGCACCUUAGGCAGUUCAUCCCACAGGAUGCCGAAGAGAUGCCUCGAAACCUAGAGGGUACGAAGCUAAAACCUCCCAAAUUCGAGGAAGAGGCCUUUGAGAUUGUGAAGGUAAAGGUUCCUUGGAGAUAAAUCAAGAGAAUGAUGGGGAGGCCAACUGACCAGAAUAUGCCAUUUGACAGAUGCACAAGAAGACCUUCCAAGUGGGA